CAACUUCCUCAUCGAUCUUCAACCUCUUGGAGCUCCGUAUCUAUUUAGGCUUGACGUAUAUCUUCUAGAGCUGUCCAUCAUGACUGUCGAUUCGAUCCAAAAAGUCGCCAUCGUGGGCACAACUGGUCGCAUCGGUGGAGUCUUUGCCGAAGCACUUGUGCAGACCGGCAAACAUACCGUCACAGGCCUGACUCGUCAAGGCAGCCAUGGGCAGCAGCCCGACGGCGUGCGUCACGUCGAAGUAGACUAUGACGACGAAGCCUCGAUAGUCGACGCCCUCCGCGGCCAGCAGUUCCUCGUAAUUACCCUCGGCGUCUAUGUACCAGAAGAGGUCCAUCACCGCAUCGCUGUGGCCGCCGGCAAGGCCGGUGUGCCCUACAUCAUGCCCAACAUCUUCGGAUACCCGGUCUUGGAGCACGCCAAAAAGGACGAACAGGGCUUGAACAACGUGGUCCACGCCCGGGUCGACCACGUCCGCAGCAAUGGCGUGUCGUCGUCGAUUCGCCUCCCCUGCGGCUUUUGGUACGAGUGGAGCCUCGCGACCGGCGAGCAGUGGUUCGGCUUCACGAUCAAGUCCCGCAAGGUGACGUUUUUCGACGACGGGCGCCGCACCCUCACGGUGAGCACCUGGGAUCAAUGUGGGCGCGCACUGGCAGCGCUUCUUAGCUUCCCCGAGUCCGGAGCGUCGCCGUCGGUCGCCGACUUUAAGAACCAAGAUCUCCUCAUCUACAGCUUCCGGGUGUCGCAGCGGGACAUGCUCGAUAGUCUUCACCGCGUGCUGGGGACGACUGACGACGACUGGGAGAUCACGUACGAGUCUGUCGAGAAGCGAAUUGCAGAUGGCGACAAGGAAAUUGCCAAGGGCAUCCGGACGGGACGUCCCAAGGCGCUGUAUGGGCGGGCGUUCCGGACGGACAAUGCUACGGCGGACUUUGCGGAUACGAUGUCCACGGCGAACGAAGUUCUCGGGCUACCUACGGAAGAUCUAGAUGAGGCGACGAGGCGGACGGUGCAGAUGGUCGAGGACGGUUGGAAUCCCUUGGGUCUGGCGGUUUAAUCCAUGUGCUGCGGUUGUGUAAUUAUCUCAUUUCAAGGGCCUGCGUGGACCGCGUUCGUCAGUCAAACAAACAAGCCUUCGAUAAUCGUUAAAUUUAGAAAAGGAAAAAUACGUUCUGUCUG